CAGAGCCAGAGCUUCAGCAGCAGUAGCAGCAGCAGCUGAUGAUGAAGAGAGAGGGGGAGACUGGGGGACCUUUUAUUUAUAUUGUUAAAGGGACAGAGCACUAAUUCCAUCUUGAAUUGGUGUGUGUGGAGGGGGAGGGGGUUGGUGUGAGGAGCCUGAGUUUCUCCCCCCAGCCCAGCCCAGCUAGAGGAUCCCAGGGAGACACAGGGAGAGAAGGAGAGUUUCUUCCCCCCCUUGGCCGUCAGAGGAGAGAGAAAGAGACUAAAAGCCUCUUAGCAACACAGCCCCUUCUCUCUCUGCUAAUGCUGCUUGGCCCUGGCUGGAGACACCUCACCACACACACACACACACACACACAGGAGCAGCAGCCAGUUCACCAGCUCCCCCACCCCCUGCUCUCCCCUCCUCCCCCUUUAUUACCCUUUGUGUGUGUCUCUUUCUCCACUGCUCCAGGGAAGGGAAUAAAAGUGGGGUGCAGCCAAGAUCAUGCUGGAGAAUGUUGGUUUUUGGAUACAUAAGUGUUGAAGAACAUAGUGUUUACAGACAAAAUCCUUAAAAUCUGGUUUUUUAGACAUCAAAGGAAGAAGAGGUGUCAUUUCAGUAAAAAAGACAAGGAAAUAUAGAGGUUUCUUGGAGCAUUAUAACACUAAUUCUCUGCAAGGGUUCAGUGAACUUCCCAAGGUUGGUGGAUUUUUCCACCAGUUUACCUAAUCUUAGAUGUAACUUGGGGUGCAAAGAGUUCCACAGAUGAGGGGUAUAAUAAGAAAAGAACCUAGCCCCAGUGACCUUGGUCCAUAGCCAAACUACAGACAGGAGAGUCUCUGAAGCAAAGUUGAAUGUGCACCCAGAAAUUUAAGAAACCAAAAGGUCCCUAAGGUAACUAGAAGCAAGGCCAUGAAGAGCAUUAUAACUUAGAAUGAACAGGAUGAACAUACCCACCUUAUGUCUAAUCUUUAGCAAGGAAAAAGGUUGUUUCAUUGGAAUUGUGAAGUCAUGAAAGAAUCACAGGAAGAUACCCUCAGCACCUUGGAUAAUGAGUGGAAGAUAAAGAGAAAGCAAAAAGAAUGUGGCAUAUAAAGGGUGUAAUACCUGGAGGUAUUAACUCUGACUCAUAUCUGUAAAAAUGAGACUAGCUCUCACAAAAUACAAGUUAUCUUAGACAGUCAUCAAGCUUGGAGUCAUGCUGUCAAACUAAGAAAUUCACCCCCCCCCCUUUCUGACAGGUAAUAGAGCAUUGGUGAAUUAUGAUUUUCCUAAAUUGGAAGCAUUCAUUUUUACCCAUGUAGUUCAUCCUUAUGAAUACAUAAUAAACAUUGCAUAUUUAAUGUGCAUUAUAAUGGGAAACUGACUCAUUAGCAAAAAAAAUGGCAAAUUUUAAGGCCUUGGUUCCAAAUUGAGCUGGAGCCUCCCAAUGCACUUUGUACAAUCUGGGAAAAGAUGUAUUGAAUGGCCUUCUUUUGACGGCCAUAAUGACAUGUAAUAUAAGGAUAUCAUCUUACUGUUGAUAUCUUUGAAGAGUCAUAAGCAGAAACAGAAAAAUGAAUGGCGGAAAGGAGUGUGACGGAGGGGACAAAGAUGGAGGUCCGCCAGCAGUACAAGUUCCAGUUGGCUGGCAACGUCGAGUGGAUCAAAAUGGAGUGCUCUAUAUCAGUCCCAGUGGGUCUUUAUUAUCCUGCUUGGAGCAGGUUAAGACAUACCUGUUGACUGAUGGAACCUGCAAAUGUGGCUUGGAAUGUCCUCUCAUUCUUCCCAAGGUAUUUAAUUUUGAUCCUGGAGCUGCUGUGAAACAGAGAACUGCUGAAGAUGUUAAAGCAGAUGAAGAUGUCACUAAGCUAUGCAUCCAUAAACGGAAAAUUAUUGCUGUGGCUACACUUCAUAAAAGCAUGGAAGCUCCACAUCCUUCACUGGUUCUUACUAGUCCUGGGGGUGGAACAAGUGCAACUCCAGUAGUCCCAUCUCGAGCAGCAACUCCAAGAUCAAUGAGGAAUAAGUCACAUGAAGGAAUUACAAAUUCUGUGAUCCCAGAAUGUAAAACUCCUUUCAAGUUAAUGAUAGGGACAUCCAAUGCCAUGGGUAGGCUUUAUGUACAAGAAGUGACUGGAAGCCAGCAACAAGAUCUUCAUUCUGUCUAUCCUAGGCAGAGAUUGGGCAGUAAUGAUCAUGGACAGAAGUCUCCAUAUCGUGGCAGUCAUGGUGGAAUGCCUAGUCCAGCUUCAUCAGGAUCACAGAUAUAUGGAGAUGGUUCAAUCUCUCCUAGGACUGAUCCACUUGGAAGCCCUGAUGUUUUCACAAGGAACAAUUCCAAUUUUCAUGGAGCACCCAACUCUAGUCCUGUUCACAUGAACAGGACUCCUUUAUCUCCACCUUCAGUAAUGCUACAUGGUUCUCCAGUUCAGUCAUCCUGUGCAAUGGCUGGAAGGACUAAUAUACCUCUUUCCCCAACCUUGACCACAAAAAGCCCAGUAAUGAAAAAACCCAUGUGUAAUUUUUCAGCUAGUAUGGAACUACCACGAGCAAUGUUUCACCAUAAACCACCCCAAGGCCCACCUCCACCUCCUCCACCUUCUUGUGCUCUUCAGAAAAAGCCAUUAACAUCAGAGAAGGAUCCACUUGGCAUUCUUGACCCUAUUCCUAGCAAGCCAGUUAAUCAGAAUCCUGUUAUCAUUAACCCAACUACUUUCCAUUCUAAUGUCCAUUCUCAGGUACCUGUAAUGAAUGUAAGCAUGCCUCCUGCUGUUGUCCCUUUGCCAAGCAAUCUCCCUUUGCCAACUGUAAAACCUGGUCACAUGAACCAUGGAAGUCAUGUACAAAGAGUUCAGCAUUCAGCUUCAACCUCCCUCUCUCCUUCACCAGUGACAUCCCCAGUUCAUAUGAUGGCAUCUGGGAUUGGAAGGAUUGAGGCGUCUCCCCAAAGAUCACGUUCAUCUUCCACAUCAUCAGAUCAUGGAAAUUUCAUGCUGCCUCCAGUAGGACCACAGUCAUCUUGUAGUGGUAUUAAAGUUCCUCCCAGGUCACCAAGAUCAACAAUAGGGUCUCCAAGACCAUCUAUGCCAUCAAGCCCUUCCACCAAGCCUGAUGGACUUCAUCAGUACAAGGACAUCCCUAACCCAAUAAUUGCUGGAAUGAGUAAUGUACUAAAUCCUCCAAGCAAUGCAGUUUUUCCUACUGCAUCUGCUGGAAGUGUUCCCCUGAAGAGUCAGCCUGGUUUGCUGGGAAUGCCUUUAAAUCAGAUCUUGAAUCAGCACAAUGCUGCCUCUUUUCCAGCAAGUAGUUUACUCUCAGCAGCAGCCAAAGCACAGCUAGCAAAUCAAAAUAAACUUGCUGGUAACAACAAUAGCAGCAGUAGUAAUUCUGGAGCUGUUGCCAGUGGUGGCAACAAUGAAGGACAUAGCACUUUAAACACCAUGUUUCCUCCUGCUGCCAACAUGCUUCUACCAACAAGUGAAGGGCAAAGUGGUCGAGCAGCACUACGAGAUAAAUUGAUGUCUCAGCAAAAAGACCCUUUGAGGAAAAGGAAACAACCAACUACCACAGUAUUGAGUUUGCUUAGGCAGUCUCAUUUGGAUAGUUCUGGAGUUCCUAAACCUGGAUCUGAUUUGAUAAGAAAGCAAAAUCAAGGUUCAUUUCCCAUCAGUUCUAUGUCUCAGUUACUUCAGUCCAUGAGUUGUCAAAGCUCUCAUAUGAGCAGCAAUAGUACCACUGGUUGUGGGAGCUCAAAUACUGUUUUGCCUUGUUCUGCUAACCAGAUGCAUUUUACAGACACCAAUAUGAACUCUGGCACUCUUCAGAAUUCAUUGACACAGAGCUUACCUUUAAGAGGGGAAGGUAUGCACUGCCAGAAUGCAAACACUAACUUUGUCCAUGGUACUAGCCCAGGCCCAAACAAUCACCUUGCAGGCUUAAUAAAUCAGAUGCAGGCUAGUGGGAACUGUGGGGUGCUCAGUCAGUCAGGAAUGGCUUUAGGAAAUUCAUUACAUCUGAACCCACCUCAGUCAAGAAUCCACGCAUCCUCCACUCCACUGAUACCAAACAGCAUUGUUAGCAGCUGUAAUCAAACAAGUCCUGAAGCAGGGGGUUCAGGACCAUCAUCUUCCAUAGCCAUAGCUGGAACCAGCCAACCUGCCAUCACAAAGACAACAUCCGUUCUUCAAGAUGGUGUUAUAGUCACUACUGCAGCUGGAAAUCCACUUCCGAGCCAGCUGCCCAUUGGGAGUGAUUUCCCUUUUGUUGGCCACGAACACACACUUCACUUUCCACAGAACUGCGCUUCAAACAACAAUCUUCCGCAUUCUUUGAAUCCAAACCUUCUCAAUUCUCUACCUAUCUCUUUGCCAGUGAAUCAACAACAUCUCUUAAACCAGAAUCUAUUAAAUAUACUACAGCCUUCAGCAGGAGAAGGCAAGUCUGAGGUCAUACUCAACCCUUUAGGUUUACUCAACCCAAGUGUAAAUGCUGCGCUAGCUUUUCUCUCCAGUGACAUGGAUGGGCAGGUAUUACAACCUGCUCAUUUUCAGCUUCUAGCAGCCCUACUUCAGAAUCAAGCCCAAGCAGCUGCCAUGCUUCCCCUACCAUCUUUCAAUUUGACCAUCUCAGAUUUGUUACAACAGCAAAAUAACCCUUUACCCUCAGUAACACAGAUGACAGCCCCACCAGACCAUUUGCCAAGCAAUCAGUCAGACAGCAACAGAGCAGAGACCCUUUUAACCAACCCCCUGGGGAACCCUAUACCAAGCUUUACAGGCACUGACACUACUUCUAACCCCUUGCUCCUCCCAGCUGUCACUGGGGCCUCGGGAUUAAUGGCCUUAAAUCCCCAGCUGUUGGGAGGUGUCCUGAACUCCGCAUCGGGCAACACUGCUAAUCAUCCAGAGAUAUCCAUAGCAACCUCCUCCCAGGCAACCACUACCACAACCACUACAUCAUCAGCAGUGACAGCACUGUCUGUCUCAACACUUGGUGGGACAGCAGUGGUGUCAAUGGCAGAAACAUUGCUGAACAUAUCUAAUAAUGCUGGGAAUACAUCUGGUCCAGCUAAACUCAACAAUAACUCUGUGGUGCCACAGCUACUUAACCCUCUACUGGGGACAGGUCUGCUUGGUGACAUGUCGUCAAUAAACACUACUUUGAAUAACCAUCAACUGACUCAUCUCCAGUCACUGUUAAACAACAAUCAGAUGUUUCCUUCAAAUCAGCAGCAACAUCAGCUUCUCCAGGGGUACCAGAAUAUCCAGGGGUUUCAAGGUCAACCGACAAUUCCUGGACCAGCUAACAACUCAAACCCCAUGGCUUGUCUGUUUCAAAAUUUUCAGGUGAGAAUGCAGGAAGAUGCUGCUCUUUUAAACAAAAGAAUGAUCACUCAAAUGGGUAUAACAUCAGUUCCUGAGAGUUCCAACACUACCCUUCCUCCUUUUCAAGAUACAGCUUGUGAUUUGCAGCAAAGGACUGAACCAACUCUAAGACAACAGGCAAAGGAUGGCCUCAGUGUAGCUGCUCAGGGUGAUUCUUCAGUCGAUGCUAUCUACAAAGCAGUCGUAGAUGCUGCAAGCAAAGGAAUGCAAGUAGUAAUCACCACUGCAGUUAGCAGUACAACACAAAUGAGUCCUAUUCCAGCUCUGAGUGCCAUGAGUGCCUUCACAGCCUCAAUUGGUGACCCAUUAAAUCUUUCUAGUGCUGUCAGUGCAGUAAUCCAUGGAAGAAACAUUGGUGUUUCUGAUCACGAUGGUAGGAUAAGAAAUACUAGAGGGACACGAAUACUGAAGAAUUCAGAACACAGUAAAAAUUCAAGUGAAGGGGAUGGAUUUGAAUAUUACAAGUCAGCAGGUUGCAACACACCCAGAAAACAGUGGGAAGAGGAGCAAAACCCUGGAGGAGAGAUAAAUAGGUGGAAGUGUGAGGAAUUUUUAGACCAUUCAACCCAUGUCCACAGCAGUCCUUGCCAUGAAAGGCCCAAUAACGUCUCCACACUGCCAUUGUUACAGGGUGAGCAGCAUCAGAUACUGUUACCACAGAGAAACUGUCAAAGUGAUAAAAUGUUGGAGGAGCAUUUCAGGUAUAACAAUUACAAAAGAACUAUGAUGAGUUUUAAAGAGAGACUGGAGAACACUGUGGAAACAUGUGCACACAUAAAUGGAAAUAGGCUUCAACAAAGUAGAGGGUUUGGAGAGUUGCUGAACACUUCUAAACAAGACCUAGUCAUGGAGGAGCAAUCUCCAAGUUCCUCAAAUAGUUUGGAAAGUUCUCUAGUUAAAGACUAUAUCCAUUAUAAUGGAGACUUUAAUGCCAAAAGCAUUAAUGGGUGCGUGCCUAGCCCUUCAGAUGCUAAAAGCAUCAGCAGUGAAGAUGACCUAAGGAAUCCAGAUUCCCCUUCUUCAAAUGAGUUGAUACAUUACAGGCCGAGGACGUUUAAUGUUGGUGACUUGGUCUGGGGCCAAAUAAAAGGACUGACUUCAUGGCCUGGAAAAUUAAUAAGAGAAGAAGAAGUUCACAAUUCAUGUCAACAAAACACUGAGGAGGGGAAGGUGGAGCCCGAGAAGUUGAAGACACUAACAGAAGGUCUGGAAGCCUACAACCGAGCCAGGAAGAGGAACAGAAAAAGCGGAAAGCUAAAUAACCAUUUAGAAGCUGCUAUACAUGAGGCCAUGAGUGAGCUGGACAAAAUGUCUGGGAAUGUACACCAAAUCCCACAGGGAGACAGACAGGUGAAGCCUCCAAAACCGAAGAGGAGGAAGAUCUCUAGAUAACAUUGAAUGUCUUUGUUACUGGUCCAGUACUUAUCAAAUUGAACAUGCACAUAAAUCAGUAUAUAAGUAUUGAUAUAGAUAUAUCAAUAUUUAUAUCAAGGACAGAUAGAUACCAUCAAAGGGUGCUAUGAGAAAUAGUGGUACAAUAUUUUUGUUGAUCGAGUCAGAUAGUUAUGCUGGAUAAACCAAUCAGAUUCCUUGAAAGAUUACAGUAAAAAUGUCAGAUGAUUACUGAAUUUUUUCUAUAAUACUAAAAUUAUGAUUAUAAAAAUAGUCCAAAUGUUUCUGAUAAAUUUUCAUUGUGUAUAUAGAUAAUACAGAAUUUCAUGGUGAUAUCUGAAAUGUAAAUAUUGUACAAUAUUGUCAUGUACAAGCGUACCUAAUGCACACUUUAUCUUUUAUUGUACAAAAAAAUAGUGUACAAAAUUCUUUGGUUUCUAUUGAGUACACAUACAAGAGACUACCAGUGUAAAGUGAUAAAUAAAAAUACAGCCUAAAUGCUUUUAUAUGAUAAUGUAAAAGAUGCUGUUUUUGUAUUUAACAGCAGAGAAAAGGCAUGAUUAUGUAAUACCUUAAUUAUGACAUACACUUCACACCACUGAGUGUUCAUUUAUAUUGUCUGUUUGGAAUGAACCUUGCCUGGAAGUACUGUACUCCAUUUCAGGUCUCUGUAGGAGAGUGCAACCUUGCAGAUUCCUAAAGGGAUGUGGGAUCACAGGUCUAAUUAAGAAUUCAAAAGCUGCAACAACUGGUUGCAUUUUAUUUACUUAAGUUUUAAAGUAGAAUGCUGUAGAUUUUUUAUUUAAAAAAAAAAAAAAAAAAAAAAAAAAAAAAGCUUAGAUGGAAUAUUUUAGUCAGCCAUUUCUGUAGUUGAAGUUUCAUAGCCACCUUCUAAACUAAGCAAUUUAUACCACCAUUGACUUUGAACUCCCCCCAAACCCUAUAUUUGUUAACCGAGGUUGUUUAACCUGAUUAAACAUACUGUUUACAUAUAUGAGGGAAUGGCCCUAUUUUGAAAAUAUGAGUGUUAAUGUUGAUUACAAUUUGAUUUUGCAAUGGAAUAAAAGGGCAUGCUCCACAGCGUUCCUAAAAAAUCUAGUAUCCCUCUUACAGUAUUAUUAAACUAGAAGUUAAAGGUGGCUUACAAAACUAUUAGCAACAGUAAUUUUAUCAGUAUUAUGUAACAUAUCAGAUUUAUUUUAUUUAAAAAGAAUUAUUUAUACCAUUAACAGAUUCUUAUAUAUAUUAAUGUGGCUGAAAUGUGCAGGUUAAAUCUAUUAACCAAAUUAUUUAUGUUAUAUUAAGUGAAUAAUGUGAAACAUAUGUAGAAAGGAAGUAAUACACUACAGAUAUACAAGCCUAAAGCUGUGAGCCAUUGUAAAAAUAACAGAAAGUUAAUAAGUGUAGCACAUCAUCAUUUUUUUCAAUUUUUUCACAUUGUGGUGAUGGUACACCCUCCUUCCCAAAGUAAAUUCUCAUUUUGCCCUGCCUUGUUCUGAGAUGGAGUCCUUAAAAUGGACCUCUUCAUCUGGGAAUCACCACGUCUUUAACCUGGAAUUCCUUUUUCCCUGGAGUGGCAAAUUCACGUCCUCUAGAUAAGACUGUUAGUAAUCAGCAUCCUCUGAGGCUGAUGACAUUGCCACUCUACUGAUAACCACCAGUUGGCACUUGUACUGCAAGUAACUAUUCCUCUCCCCAUUGACUUUCCCCAGAACCCAAACUCAAUUAUCUGUGUGACAUGACUGAGAUCCAUUGGCCCAGAGGAUAAAGAGACCUGAGGACAUUUCCAAACUCAGCUUUCUUGUGCCACAGCACAUAGCACUACCACUGGGCUAACCUACUUUUUCAUGUCUCAUACAGACAGCUCUUAUUUCUUUUUCCCCCCACCCCAACCUGAUGGAAUGCAAUUAGCUACACUAAGCUACAGUGGCCUGGAGGCAGGAACCCUUCCUUCUACUGGGUAGGUUCAUUUGUCUUUUGUGUAAUGGCAGGACAGACUGCCAUGGUCCUACAUGCAAACUCAUGUGAAGUGAUCUUUUGUGUAGUUUAGUUAACACUUUUUUGUUACAAGUUGAUGUGUUUGUUAUGUUUAAAGAGUUAAUGUUGUCCAUUUUUCGUAUCAGCCUGCUUUUCUGCUGUUUUGUCUACACAAUGUUUUUAUUCAUAAAUACACGUGUGUGUGUGUGUGUGUGUGUGUGUGUGUGUGCGCGCGCGCGUUUGUUUAUAUUUAGUUUGGUUAUUUUACCUUUUGCUUUUCUGUCCUAACACUGAGUUUGUAUUGACCAACCCUUCCUUUGGCAUUUUAACUAAUUAGGUUUGUACUUUCUCACCAAUGUAUACUUUACAUUAGUAGACUAUGUAAAGUAUUUUUGUGCACUUGAUUUCAUUGGUUAAUAAUGGCAUUGAUGUGGGUGCUAGGAGUAGUUUGUUUCAGUCCAUACAGAUUUUUUUCUCUUUUAGAGUUUUUAUGGUUUCAUGUAAGCAGUUAAUGUAAAUAUUGUGAGCAUUACAGGUCAUGCAGUGUUGUAACAUUUUAAAAAAUGUUGCACCUACUUUACAAUUAAAAAAAUGGUCACUCAUACUUGAA